AUGCUGCUAAAGACAGUGCCCAUCCUGGUCUUGGUGACCCACGUGCUGGCAUUGAAGAAUGGGCUGAUGCAGACCCCACCCAUGGGAUGGCUGGCCUGGGAACGUUUCCGCUGCAACAUCGACUGCAAAGAGGACCCAAAAAACUGCAUCAGCGAACAGCUGUUCAUGGAGAUGGCUGACCGGCUGGCAGAGGACGGAUGGCGGGACCUGGGCUACACAUACCUCAACAUCGACGACUGCUGGAUUGGCGAACGCGAUGAGAGAGGCAACCUGGUGGCAGACCCCAGGCGUUUCCCCAACGGCAUCGCCCACCUGGCUGACUAUGCUCACUCCCUGGGCCUGAAGCUAGGCAUCUACGCAGACUUGGGUAACUUCACCUGCAUGGGCUUCCCGGGCACCACGCUGGACAGGGUGGUCCAGGACGCGAAAACUUUCGCCAAGUGGAAGGUGGACAUGCUGAAGCUGGACGGCUGUUACUCUACCCCCCUGGAGCGGGCCGUAGGGUACCCCAAGAUGGCUGCUGCCCUGAAUGCCACAGGCCACCCCAUUGCCUUCUCCUGCAGCUGGCCAGCUUAUGAGGGGGGCCUUCCCCCAACGGUGAACUACACCCUCCUGGCUGACAUCUGCAACCUCUGGCGCAACUACGACGAUAUCCAGGACUCCUGGAGCAGUGUGCUGUCCAUCCUGGACUGGUUUGUGGAGUACCAGGACAUCCUGCAGCCAGUGGCCGGCCCUGGGCACUGGAACGACCCAGACAUGCUGCUCGUUGGGAACUUUGGCCUCAGCUUCGAGGAAGCCCAGUCCCAGAUGGCCCUGUGGACAGUGCUGGCGGCCCCUCUGUUCAUGUCCACAGACCUGCGGACCAUCUCCGCCAAGGACAUGGGCAUUCUGCAGAAUCCACUCAUGAUCAAAAUCCACCAGGACCCCCUAGGCAUCCAGGGGCGCAGGAUUGUCAAGGAAAAGUCCCAGAUUGAAGUGUUCCUGCGGCCGCUGUCCCAGAAGGCCAGUGCGCUCGUCUUCUUCAGCCGCAGGACGGACAUGCCAUACCACUACUCCACCUCCCUCAAAUGGCUCAACUUCACCAGCGCCAGCGUGUAUGAGGCCCAGAACGUCUACACAGGCGAGAUCAUCAGUGACCUCCACAUCAAGACCAAAUUCACAGUGACCAUCAACCCCUCUGGUGUGGUCAUGUGGUACUUGUAUCCCAUCCACUAUGAGACAGAGGCCAUGGACAGGACUUAG